UCCCCCUCUGCCGCGCGAUCGGAGCCCGGGUCCGGGCCGGCGUGUGUGUGGGGGCUCCCGGGGGCUCCCCGCGAGCUCGCUGCCGUCGGGCGUGGACCUUGCAGGUUGGAGAAACAUGGCAGCAAGGCGAAUUGCUCAGGAGACCUUAGGUGCUGUGCUGCAAGAGAAAGCUGACCGGUACCACAUGGACCCCACUGGGGAGGCUGUGGGUGACACUCUCUCAUUUCAAGCUCAAGACCUUCUCAGGACAGUCCCAAGAGCCAGAGCAGAUGUGUAUGAGGAUAUUCCUGGCGACAGCCGAUACUCUCUCAGUGGCGCGGCAACUCGCCCUCGAGACUCUGGGAGAGGUGAUGUCUUUCCAGGACCUUCCUUCAGAUCAAGCAACCCUUCUGUAAGUGACGACAAUUACUUCCGAAAAGAAUGUGGCCGGGAUCUGGAAUUCUCCCACCCUGACUCCCGAGACCAAAUCUUUGGCCACCGGAAAUUGGGACAUUUCCGCUCUCAGGACUGGAAAUUUGCACUCCGUGGCUCCUGGGAGCAAGACUUUGGCCACCCCAUUUCUCAAGAAUCCUCUUGGGCACAGGAGUAUAAUCUUGGUCCUUCGGCCCUACUGGGGGAUUUUGGCUCCUCCCGACUAAUUGAGAAAGAGUGUCUGGAGAAGGAGGGUCGAGAUUAUGAUGCGGACCGCCAAGGGGAGGCCAAUUCUGUGCUCAGGGCCGCAGGCCGGGGUCUCAAAAUUGUUGACCAGGAAGGUGGCCUCCUAGGAAAGGGGGAGACUCAGGGCCUGCUCACCCCGAAAGUGGGGGUUGGGCAACUUGUCACACUGAGAAAUAUGAGCAUGAAAAAGAUACCCGUGGUGAAUCGAAUGACCCCUAAAACUCAGGGCACAAACCAGAUCCAGAAAAGUAACCCUGGUCCUGAUGUGACCCUGGGGACAGACCCAGGGACUGAAGACAUCCAGUUCCCCACCCCGAAGAUCCCUUUAGGCCUCCACCUGAAGGACAUUCAGCUUCCUAGAAGAAAGAUGAGCUUCGACCUCAUAGAUAAGUCCGACGUGUUUUCAAGAUUUGGAAUAGAAAUAAUCAAAUGGGCAGGUUUCCACACCAUAAAAGAUGAUGUGAAAUUUUCCCAGCUUUUCCAGACUCUCUUUGAACUUGAAACUGAAACCUGUGCUAAAAUGCUUGCCUCGUUCAAAUGCUCCUUGAAACCCGAGCACAGAGAUUUUUGCUUUUUUACUAUCAAAUUUUUAAAGCACUCUGCUUUGAAAACACCUCGAGUUGAUAACGAGUUUUUAAACAUGCUUUUAGACAAAGGUGCUGUGAAGACCAAAAAUUGCUUUUUCGAAAUCAUCAAGCCUUUUGACAAGUACAUCAUGAGGCUCCAGGACCGGCUGCUGAAGAGCAUCACGCCCUUGCUCAUGGCCUGCAACGCUUACGAGCUGAGUGUCAAGAUGAAGACCCUCAGCAACCCCCUGGACUUGGCUGUUGCCCUGGAGACCACCAAUUCUCUCUGUCGGAAAUCUCUGGCCCUUCUGGGACAGACCUUCUCCUUGGCCUCGUCUUUUCGGCAAGAGAAGAUCUUAGAAGCUGUGGGCCUCCAGGACAUAGCCCCCUCUCCAGCGGCCUUCCCAAACUUUGAGGACUCAACUCUGUUCGGGAGGGAGUACAUCGACCACCUGAAGGCCUGGCUGAUCAGCAGUGGGUGCCCGCUGCGGAUCAAGAAGGCUGAGCCUCAGCCACCUCAAGAGGAAGAGAAAACUCUUCUUCCUACAAGUGAGGAAACUCAGUCCGCAGCGCCAUGUGGUCUGAGUGAUGCUGUGCCCCAGCGAGCAGAUCACAAGGUGGUGGACACCAUCGACCAGCUGGUCUCACGCGUCAUUGAAGGCAGCCUGACCCCCAGAGAGAGAGCUCUCCUCAAGGAGGACCCCACUUACUGGUUUCUGUCCGAUGACCGCAGCCUAGAGUACAAGUACUAUAAGCUGAAGCUGGCCGAGAUGCAGCGGCAGAGCCAGACCUUGGUGGGAGCGGACGGGAAACCACUGGCGGCAGAGUGUGCCGUCCGAGCUAUGCUGUAUGCCCGGGCAGUCCGGGGCCUCAAGAAGAGGAUCCUUCCAGGGCGGCGGUGCCCACUCCUGCGUGCGCAGAGGCUCAGGGGCUGGAAGGCACGGAGGGUGAGCACUGGAACCCAGACCCUCCUCUCCUCGGGCACCAGACUGAAGCACCAUGGCCAGCAGGCCCCAGGUGCCCUGCGUGGGAAGCUGCGACUGCUGGACAGAAGCAUUGCUGCCAAGACCUGUCCCCCUGGCCCAGCCAGCCCUGCUCUGAACCUUAGCCCUGCAGCCUCAGUAGGAACAGCCAUCUCUUAUGACCCAAAGGCUUCCUCUCCUUGCAAGUCUUCAGAUGUUGACACAAAGACAAUGGAGACUGCAGAGAAACUGGCCGAGUUUGUGGCUCAGGUGGGACCAGAGAUCGAACAGUUCAGCAUAGAAAAUAGCACCGACAACCCUGACCUCUGGUUUCUCCAUGACCGAAACAGCUCGGCUUUCAAAUUCUACCGCAAGAAAGUCUUUGAGCUUUGCCCCUCGAUUCGCUUCCCCGAGGCUCCUCAGAGUCCCCAUGCUCGCCAGCAGACAGAUGGACCAGGGAGUGCCCUCGGCCCUGGGAAGCGGGAUGGCGAAUCUGUGGAUGCGCCCCCACAACCAGAAGCUGAACUGGAGAGUCCAGAGCCCAUGCCUGAGGAGGAGGAGGAAGUAGAGGAGGAAGAGAAGGAGGACAAGGAGGAGGGUGAGGGAGGUGCCUCCAGGCCAGCAGAAGGAGCUGCCAAGCUGGAGGUCCUUGAGGACAACCCGCCUACUGAUGGCCUCCCGGGUGAGGUGCCUGAUGAUGGCCCAGUGGGUUCCGCAGUACAGUCCCAGGCCGCGGCAGGGGCCUGCUUCCCCCGGAAGAGAGUCAGCAGCAAGUCCCUGAAGGUCGGCAUGAUUCCAGCUCCCAAGAGGCUGUGUCUGGUCCAGGAGCCCCAAGUUCACGAACCUGUUCGUAUCGCCUAUGACAGGCCUCGAGGCCGGCCCAUAUCCAAGAAGAAGAAACCCAAGGCCCUGGACUUUGCCCAGCAGAAGCUGACAGACAAGAACCUGGGCUUCCAGAUGCUGCAGAAGAUGGGCUGGCAGGAGGGCCAUGGCCUGGGCUCCUGCGGCGAGGGCAUCCGGGAGCCCGUCAGCGUGGGAACGGCCUCGGAAGGAGCAGGCUUGGGUGCCGAGGGCCAGGAGCACCCGGAAGACUCAUUCGACGUGUUCCGCCAGCGGAUGAUGCAGAUGUACAGGCAUAAGCGGGCCAACAAGUAGGUGAGCCGUGGUGAGAACAAGUGGAAGCAGCUGCUACUUUACAUCGCCGGAGCCGCCCUGGAGCCAGGCCCACUAACGGUUUGGUGUGUACCCCAACGUCUGCAGCUGCCGAGUCGCCACUGGCUUUUCUUUCUCACCAGAGUGUGCCAUCUCCGUCCGCUUCUCUCCUGCCCCUCUGCCAUGCUGGUGCCCUCGGCCCGGAGGGUCCUGUUGGCAGCUCCAGCCUUGGGGCGCUUGCAUCUCUCGAGUCUCUCACAUCCCUCGCUGACUCUUACCCAGGGUAUGCCCAGGGGUGCCAGCCAACAGGGUCCUCGAUGGAGGGGCGCCCAGGGUUGUCUGUCUGUGCAGUGGCAUCUUUGCACCGACUCCCAGAGGGCAGCACCCCAGGUUGUGUGUGCCACCAGAACCCCCAGGAAAGCUCACUCAGGCGGCAGGUUGCGCCUCGGGACGCCUCUUUUUCUGCAGACACUUGUUUUCACUGCUGCUGGCUCUUUUCCCACCAGCUCCCGGCACCUUUCAGCACCCCACGGCACAGACUGAGUUUCCAGGUGGUGCUAAAACCUGGGAAACAGGGUUCCUGCCCCUCCUCCUGGGGAGCCCAGCAGAUGCGCUCCCCCCACUAGUGGUUCCAGGAGUCCUGUUCCCUGAAUCCUCACGUCUGUCUGGUCUGUCCCGCAGGCUCGGGGGCCUCCCUUGGUUGCCUCGGGCUUGGGGCUGUGAGGAACCAGAUCCUUGCAGGUGAGCCACCGUGAGCCCUGGCUCUGCUUCUCUGUUCACUGGGUCCUCGUGGUUCAUCCUGACCUUUCUCUACUCUCCGUCAGCUGCUCUAGGAACCCCGGGGUGUGGCUCUGCCCCCCUUCCUGGGACUCCCUGCUCUGAGCUGCCAAUUUGCCAGCACCUGGACACGCGCUCUCGGCCAAAGGCCCAGAGACAGCAGGGCAAGUGCGGGGCGUGGUCCCAGUCACGUCUCUCUUGUCCUUCUAGUUCCAGACUCUUCCUCGAGGAUGGCAGGCAUCCAGCAGUACUGCUCGCCUUCGGGUGCUCACCACUCUGGCUGGUUUCCACCCCUGGGAUCAUCCAGGAACUGGAGCAUUCGGGGUCCUUGAGAAAACCUAGAAGGAAUUUGUGAUGUUUUGAAGUGGAAGUUUGGGGUGUUUUUGGUUUGUUGGGUGGUUUGGGGGCUCUGAGGAGUUGUAGGCAUUGUUCAUCGUUCAGCAGUUGCAAUAAACUUAGAGGAAACCA